AUGAAUCUUCAAAAAUUUGAUCUUGCUUUUUAAAUUCAGAUAGAUUAAAACUAUCCUUCUCAAGAUUUGAGUAGGUAUCUAGAAAUCAAUUUUUCUGAGGUAGCUUUUGAAUGGGCACCUGAUGGAAAAUCAUACAAGCAAAACUAUAGAGAAAUUCCUCUUAUUAGAUGUUAAAAUGGGAGAUUCAAUAAUGAAACUGUUUAGACUGAUAAUAUAAAGUUGACUGAGAGUUAUCAGUGUCCAGAAACAAUAGACUUCAAAUUUAGAGGUUCAUUUUUAUCUAAAAAAUCCACCUAUAUGUUACUUGGAUUUAAGAAAUGCCUUUAGAAGAAUAUGGACUUUUAAUAGAAAAAUAUAACUUGCGCUAAUGAGACAGAAAUUAACUCAAUAUUGGACUGA